UCGUCAACUUUGAGGAUGACCUUGUCAACUUUUAAAAUGAGACUCUGGGUGUAUGUUUGAAAGGCUAUGUGGAUGCACGAUGCAUUCGAUCAACUGGCAACCAUGUUUCGUCUUUCAUUUAUCCAUAUUCGCACUUAGAUUGUUACUCUGGAGAUCAAUUUUCGAGUCCAUUGUCGUCUCGUACUUAUUGUACGUAUCUCUUGGAGGUUGGCGCUAUCAACGCAUCUUUAUUUUAACUUUUAUCAGAGACCUCAUGGGACUACGAUGCAUACUCAUGGUUCAGUUAAAUGUUCUCUGGCUCCAAUGGACGAAACGAACUUUUUCCGACAUGUUUGAAUAUACUGUAAAAAAACGGGGACCAGAAAAUGUUGCUAUUUAUUUUGAGGACCAAGUAUGGACCUUUGGGCAGCUGGAUGCGUAUUCAAAUAAAGUAGCCAAUUAUCUGGCGAAAUGUGGUUUUAAACGAGGUGAUAUAUUACUGCUGUUUAUGAAUUCCUGUCCGGCAUAUAUUGGAAUAUGGCUAGGAGCAACUAAGGUCGGUGUUGCGACUGGUCUGGUAAAUACUAAUCUUUGUAAAGGAUCACUUAUGAAUUGUAUUAAAACGCUGAGUGCACGUGGAAUAGUUGUGGGUUCCUCUUUGAAAGAAACUUUUGAAACGGUCAAUGAGUAUAAUGAUUUAUCAUUAGAGAUGAUAUGGUUAGUUGAUGAGAAAAGAAGUUUGCCAGAAACUGCCUAUUCUAAUUCAACUUCUUCAACGUGUAGCUGGAACAUAGCACUUGCACAAGUUCCACACUGUGCUCCAAUUCCACUUCCACGAAUUGCUAAUCUCCGUGAACAUUUGAUCUACGUCUAUACCAGUGGUACGACUGGUUUGCCUAAGGCUGCUAUUAUAACGAAACUACGCUACACUCUAUUGGUUGUUGGUGCUAAAUACUCAUUUGGUAUUCGGCAAUCCGAUAUUAUAUAUGAUCCUCUACCGUUAUAUCAUUCAGCUGGUGGAAUAUGUGGAGUCGGACAAAUGUUAUUAUAUGGUAAUACAAUUGUAAUCAGAUCGAAAUUCUCUGCAUCACAGUUUUGGUCAGAUUGCGUAAAAUAUAAAUGCACAGUUGCUCAAUACAUUGGAGAGAUAUGUCGUUAUCUUUUAUGUCAACCUGUAAGACCAACAGAUAAACAACAUCAUGUACGAAUUGCAUUCGGUAAUGGUCUACGACCACAAAUAUGGAAAGCAUUUCAAGAACGUUUCAAUGUUAAACAGAUUGGGGAAUUUUAUGGUGCUACAGAGUCAAAUACUAAUAUUGCUAACAUGGAUAAUAAAUUUGGUGCAGUUGGUUAUGUUUCAAAAAUCAUUGAUGGUUUUUAUCCAUGCUAUAUCAUUAAAAUUGAUGUAGACACUAAAGAACCUAUUAGAGAUCCCAUAACUGGAUUAUGCAUACUGUGUGAACCAAAUGAACCUGGUCAUUUGGUAGCACGUAUUGGUUCAAAUGAUCCUUUUCGAAUGUUUGAUGGUUAUGUUAAUUCGGAAGCUUCCGAAAAGAAAAUUAUUCGAAAUGUUUUACGUAAGGGUGAUUUAUGGUUUGCUUCUGGGGAUUUAAUGUGUUGUGAUGAAUUGGGUUAUAUGUACUUUAUCGAUCGGUUAGGUGAUACAUUUAGAUGGCAUGGGGAAAAUGUAUCCACUUCAGAAGUUGAACGUGUUUUAGAUCAAGCUAUUGGAACAUUAACUGGGACUGUAUUCGGUGUUUCUAUUCCUGGGACAGAGGGGAAAGCUGGAAUGGCUGCUAUUGCAUUAGAAGGAUCAAAACUUACUUCUAUAGAGGAAGAAAAUUUGCUUUGUCGAAUAAAUGAAGAGUUUACAGGGAACUUGCCUUCUUAUGCACGUCCUCUAUUCAUACGGUUGUGUCAAAAUCUGACGAUGACUGGUACAUUUAAAAUUAGCAAAGCAGAAAUCAGUCGUCUUGGUUUCGAUCCAAACAUUGAUCCAAAUGAUCAUGUAUACUUUUUAAAUCCGAAAACAAAAGUUUAUCAACUAGUAGAUCAACAAUUAUUUAAUGAUAUUAAUAAUGGUGUAUUUAUUUUAUAAACUAUUCUAUUUGUAUUAAUCAUACUUAUUAUAUAUAUAUAUAUAUAUAUAUAUAUAUAUAUAUAUAUAUAUGCUAUUUAUAAUAACAGCUAUAUACAUCAGUUCUUUCGUGUGUAUAGUUAUUUUUAUUCUCUUGUUGUAAGUAUUAACUAACGGAUAGAAAAGAGAAAAACAAACACGGACCUUUUCUCAGUGGUUAAACACGUUUUGUUUUUUGUUUUUUUUCUCUUUUUACAUUCUUACCUUUCACCUUACCAUCUUAUUUAUUUGUACUGAAAAACACUUUUUUCAAUGUUUAUUAAUUAUCAAGUAAUUCUGGUCAAUUUAUUAGAAAAUAGAUUUUUCUUUUUGUUCUUCUCUAUAUUCAAUUUACUUUAUUCUCGUUCUGUUCUUGUUUUUUUCUUCUUUUUUUUUGGUUCAAGUAGAUGAUUUUGUUGACGACUGUUUCGUUGUAUCUUGCUUGUUUCAUUUAUAAACCCAUUGAAUAUUGAAUGAAAUAUUCAAUAUGUUGUAUUUGGAUACUUCCAAUCAUUUCCAAGUGUAUUAUCAUUUUCAUUUAUAAUAUGUAUAUGUGUGUAUAAUAAAGAAGUGAUAACCUUGUAUAAGACUAUUUUGUAAGUAUGUUGUUAAUUUAUUAUUGUUUAUAUUGAUGGCAUAGUUAUACAAUGUUUCAAUAAAGAUAUAUUAAUUCAACCUUUAGAGACAGUACAUAUAUAUAUAUAUAUUACGACUUCCAUUGUUUUAUCAUAAAUGUGUAAAAUGAUGUUCGAAAAAGUAAAUACUUCUUCAAUUGUAUGAUUUUAUUAGCGAAAUUAUAAAAAAAAAAACGAACGUUCAUAAUUAUACCAACAUUUACUUUCAAUAGUAGAUCACUUAUAUCAGUUAUUAUUUCAUGUGAUCCCAUUUAUUGUAUAAUAAAUUUCUUUUCAUUGAUUCCCUUUAACUACUUAUCUUUUAUGUUAUGAAUAGAAGAAUAUAACUUAUUGAAGUUACAAUCAUAAUUAAUCUAAUAACACAUGUGCUAUUAUUCUUUGUAUAACUUGUCUUAUUUUGAUGUAUUUCAUAGUGUAUGUUUAUGAUUUUCACAAUUAAAAUGGAAAAUAAACAAAACAAUACAAACAACAAAGUACUUAUCAUGUACAAGAUCCAAACACUAGCAAGUAUUAAUUCCAUUAUUUGAUACACAACGUUUGCUUACUUAUAUUUGUAAUUUACAUUUUGUACUAUUUCUGGAGAAUACUUUCCUUCUUUUUUUUUUUAAUAAAAGAAAUUUUGAUAUAUAUUCUAUUUUGUUGUAUUUAUGAGGACAGCUACACAAUUUCAACGUGUUUGAUGUUAUGAUGUCGAUAAUUUAUUCGGUGGUUGUAAACGUUUGAUCAUGGAAGGUGAUAGGUUAAAUGAGUUCAUAGUUGGUGGUAGGAUACUUAUGUUAAUGGACAGUAGAAAAAUAAAGUAAUCAAACAAUAUAUAGAAUUGUAAUCAGUAGAUGAGAUAUAACUAGCACUGAAAUUUAGGAUGUACGUUUCAUCCUAUUUGUCACUCAUCGAAUCAUUACAAAUUAAUGUAUACAAAGAAUCCUAAAUAGUAGUUCACGAUCUGUUGUAAAUAUUUGGUGAACUCAUAUAGAGGCACCAAAUACAUAUGCGCCACACAGAUCUCAUUUCAUAUGUGUGAGGGCUG